CUUCGACUACAUACGAUGUCCUUGGGGCAUUAAACCAGUUCACUCGACAUCUCACGCCUAUCUUUACUGUAGGCAACGUUUGGCCGGGCCACAUCUUAAGAAAUUUUCCGCUUGCCAUCGCAUUGGGGGGGGGGGGACUGAACCUACUCUGGGACAGACUCAAGAGCCCUAAGCGCUCGACCCCAGCAGCCGUGCGGUAAACAGCCCCGAGCCGCCACCACGAUGCCUUCCCUCACCCAGUCUUUUCCGCGGAAGAGACGGCGGGACGAGUCCGACAUCGAGGAAGACCUCCAUCUCACCAUCUCGCAGGGCUUCCACGACCGCUACCCGCACGACUGCCAGCACCAGCACCAUGGGUCCUCGCCCAAGAAGCCGACCUCACUCCUGAGUCCCCUCUCCAAGAAGAUCCGCAUGACGACGGCAUCCACCAGCGAGUGGCAGACCGACGAGGAUCAACGGCAGGCACUCCCGACGCCAAGCUGCCGUCAACACCGCUCCCUAUCCGCUGCCUCGACCAAACACUCUCCUCCCAAGGCUUCUGCGCCCACCAACCUCAGCCCCUGCCACAUCUGCCACCGCAGGCCCACAAAGAAGACGGAGCUCGACUCAUUUGCCGACUGCGAGGGUUGCGGCGAGCGUACAUGCUACGUCUGCAUCCGGGAGUGUCUGGGAUGGAGGGCUCAUGAAGGACGGUCACGAGGAGGGCAGAGCUGA